AUUUGUUCUUAUUGCAGGAACACUUUCUUCUGUUCUUGAAUAACAACACAUCCUUCGAGUCAAUCGCACUAUCGAAGAUGUCGACAAACGGAGAAGAGGACUCGAUCGUUGCAGCAAGCGAAAAUGCUGUUCCGAUCGCCCCUCAACCCGCCAAUGUAGAAGAUGAGGUUAAAGUUGGAGAAGGAAGCUCGACUAAUGGGGGUAAAUCAGCUACCAGUUUCCAGGAUGUUGCCCACCUUUUGGAUGUACGACUUCUACGAGCUCUUGCAAAGCUAGGAUUCUCUCAUCCGACACCUGUUCAAGCAAGCGUUUUACCUUUAGCUUUGGCUGGAUCGGAUAUUUUGGCACGAGCAAGGACCGGAAGUGGUAAGACGCUUUCGUACGGAUUGCCAAUACUUCAAAAGAUUUUGUUGGCAAAGAAAGCUAUUUCACCUAGUGAGAUGAGCUAUCAGGUAACAAGAGCGAUUGUAUUGGUUCCUACAAGAGAGUUGAGUGAGCAAGUGACUGCACAGCUAGGCGCUUUGCUACCGUUUUUGGAUAAAGAGAUCAAGGUUGUCAAUGUAGCACGAGAUGCAUCAAAAAGUGUACACAAGGUCCUCCUCGCUGAAAGACCUGAUAUCGUUGUCUCUACCCCAUCAAAAGCGUUCAGUCACGUCGAUAGCGGAUCGUUGGACGUGCAACAUGUUGAAACUCUGGCGAUUGAUGAAGCGGAUUUGAUCUUGUCUUAUGGACACAACGAGUCUUUACGAGCUUUGCUGGCGAGUGGAAAAUUGAGUUCAUCAAUACAGUGUCUAUGUAUGAGCGCAACAAUGACACAAGACGUGAAAGCAUUAAAAGGCCUCGUUUUGAAAAAGCCUGCAGUCUUGGAUAUUCCCGAUCCAGAGGUAUCAACAUUAACACAAUACUGUGUUCAAGUUCAAUCGGCAACGGACAAGUUCUUAUUGACAUAUGUUAUCUUACGAUUGCGUCUAAUUCGGGGAAAAUGUAUCAUCUUCGUCAACGAUAUCGACAGAUGUUACAGGUUGAAGCUGUUUUUGGAACAGUUUGGUGUUAAGAGUACAGUUUUGAACGAAGAGCUUCCGGUCAACAGCAGAUAUCACAUCGUGCAAGAGUUCAAUAAAGGAGUAUAUGAUUAUAUCAUUGCGACAGAUGAAAGUCGUUUCGGUGCAGACGCAGCAGCAAUAGAAGAUGAGCAAGAUGCCAACGCCGAGGCAAAGAAUGCGAAAAAGAAGUCGGGGAGCAAAGUGAAGAAUAACGAAUAUGGUGUCUCUCGUGGUGUGGAUUUCGUGUCGGUUUCUUGUGUGUUAAAUUUUGAUCUUCCUGUUUCAGCAAAAGGAUAUACCCAUCGAGUCGGACGAACAGCAAGAGCGGGUAAGACGGGAACCUCGCUUUCAUUUGUUGUGCCUGAGGAAGUGUUUGAACAAGAUAUGCGGGGAGCUUCGCAUUCAAAGCAUCUUGUUUGUCCAACGACGGAGAAUGAUUCAAAAGUAUGGCAAUCAAUCGUCAAACAAGAAUCAACACGACAUCAAUCUAUAAAAGAUUGGCACUUUGAUCGAAAGCAAGUUGAAGCAUUCCGAUAUCGUAUGGAAGAUGCAUUAAGAAGUGUUACAAAACAUGCAAUUCGCGAAGCAAGAAUAAGAGAAUUGAAACAAGAAAUGCUAAAUUCUGAUCGUCUAAAAGCACAUUUUGAAGAUAAUCCAACCGAUUUGGAUUAUUUGCGUCAUGAUAAAAUCUUACAUCCAACUCGUGUUCAAUCACAUCUGAAACAUAUUCCACAUUAUCUUAUGCCUCGGAUCCGUGCAGGUCAGCAAGCAAAGAGAUUGGACAGCGAUGCUGCAGAUGAUGAAAAUAGCGGGGAGAAACGUAAACGUGAAGAUGGCCAGGAAGGAUUGAGUCAUGUAACAUUCCACAAGAGGGGUGGUAGAGGAGGCAGAGGCGGAAGAGGUGGUUCUAGUACGAGAGGUAGAGGUGGUCGCUUGAACGGCAAACCUCAAGGACCUAAAAAGAAGGGAGAUCCUUUGAAAAAGUUUGGAAAAUAGUUUGAUUGCAUGUGUAGCACUUUUGUACAAU